AUGGGUGCUUUCAGGAACAAGGCGGCGUCUUUCUUUCCCCUGGCUGCCUGCUGCGCGGCUUUCUUCCUCUUCUCGGUUGUGGGUUCUUCCUCCCCCACUCUGGCCCCUUGCGAUUCCGGCGACCAGCAGGCGCUGCGGGAAUUCGCCCGGAGCCUGGUAAAUGGGUGGACUGUCCUUUCCUCCACCUGGUCCAAGGAGUCUUCUUCUUGCUGUAGCUGGGAGGGCGUUACUUGCACAGAAGGCAUCAAUGGCGGCGCCGCCGCCGUGGAGGUGGCGAGGGUCACAGAUCUUCGACUCCCCGGCAGGGGCCUCGACGGUUUCAUCUCCAGUUCUCUCGGUCGCCUGGAACAGCUGGCAAACCUCGACCUCUCCCGCAACUUUCUCCGCGGGGCACUGCCACCGGAGCUCUCCGGUCUGGUCCAGUUGCAUCUCCUCAACCUCAGCUUCAAUGCCUUGUCUGGACCCGUUGGUCCGGCGAUCGCCGGCUUGACCUCGGCCAGGUUCAUCGAUCUGUCGUCCAAUUACUUCAAUGGAACCGACCUCUCCGAGCUCGGCGGGUUCACCAGUCUCAUCACCUUCAAUGUCAGCAACAACACCUUCUCCGGGCCGGUCGGCCGCCGCCUCUGCCUCGGCUCAGGGUCCAUUCAAGUCCUGGAUCUGUCGAUGAACCGUUUCUCCGGCCAGAUCUCCGACGAGGGCAUCUCCGGCUGCGGGGCGGUUCUCCGCGAGCUCUACCUCGACGACAACUCCUUCUCCGGCGAUCUGCCAGGCUCUCUCUUCGACCUUGCGGCUCUGGAGAGCCUGUCGCUCUCUUCUAACAGUUUCUCUGGUUUUCUGCCCGAGAGGCUGAGAAAAUUGUCAAAGCUCAGCGUCCUUGCCCUCCAGGAGAACAGCUUCUCCGGCGCCCUUCCAGACGUCUUCGACAGCCUUACCCAGCUCCGGCGGUUCUUCGCGCAUUCAAAUCUCUUCUCCGGGGGGCUCCCCUCCUCUCUGUCCAGGUGCUUGAGCCUCGAGGAGCUCAACCUCCGGAACAACUCGCUCGGCAGCGGCGGCGGCUCCACCCCCGCCACCGACCUCGAUUUCUCUCAACUCACGCGCCUCAGCUCGCUCGACCUUGCCGCCAACGGCUUCUCCGGUCCCCUCCCGGUGGGCAUCGCCGGCUCCCUCUGGCUCAAAACCCUCAGCCUCGCCAAGAACGGCUUCACCGGCGCCGUCCCCGACGCCUACGGGAAUCUUCUCUCUCUCUCGUUUCUCUCUCUGUCGAACAACAGCCUGAGCGACCUGGGGGGAUCUCUGAAAGUACUCCGGCGAUGUGGGAACCUCACCACGCUCAUCCUUACCAGAAAUUUCCGCGGCGAAGAGCUCCCCGCCGACGUUGUCGGCUUCCAGAGCCUGAAAAUCCUGGCUCUCGGCAACUGCGCUCUCUCCGGCCGGAUCCCCGUCUGGCUGGCCAACUGCCGGAAACUGGAAGUCCUCGAUAUCUCCUGGAACCGCCUGCACGGGGACAUCCCGCCAUGGCUGGGGCACCUCGAGAGCCUCUUCUACCUGGACAUCUCCAACAACUCCCUGUCCGGGCCGAUCCCGUUGAGCCUGACCAGCCUCAAGAGCCUCAUCUCUCCAACUGCCUCCCCUCUCGGCACAGUGAUCGGGAUGCCCCUCUUUGUGAAGCGCAACCAGACGGCCAAUGCUCUUCAGUACAACCAGAUCUCAAGCUUUCCCCCAGCACUGUACCUGAACGACAAUGGCAUCACCGGGCCCAUCCUGCCGGAGUUUGGGCAGCUGAAGCAGCUCCACGUGCUGGAUCUGAGCAAUAACAACAUCACCGGCACCAUUCCCGACAGCAUCUCCGGCAUGCAGAACCUGGAGAUUCUGGAGUUAUCGAGAAACCAGCUGCACGGGCCGAUCCCCAGAUCCCUCAAUAGCCUCAGCUUCCUGUCGAAGUUUAGUGCGGCUCACAACAAUCUGUCGGGGGAGAUACCAGACGGUGUGCAGUUCUCCAGUUUCCCAAUCUCAAGCUUCGAAGGCAACCCGGGCCUCUGUGGGGGACCUACACCUCCCUGCAAUCGGAGCAGUGCCGUGGGUUCCAGCCCUCCUCCGGCCUCGCCAUCAAAGAUGGGGCGGAGAGCGAUGCUCGGGAUAACUAUAAGCAUCGGAAUUGGCGUCGCAUGUCUCUUGGCCGCCGUCGUGCUCCGAUUGUCACGCAAGGAGGAAGGAUGCCCCGCCGGCGAAGCAGGCCUGGAAGAGGGGACGAACAGGACAUCAGAUCCGGCGGGGUCUAAGCUGGUGCUCUUCUUCCACAGCUCGGGUAGCAAGGAGCUCACCAUCUCCGACCUCUUGAGAUCCACAAACAACUUCGACCAGGCGAACAUCAUCGGAUGUGGAGGGUUCGGCCUCGUCUACAAGUCAAGCCUUCCCGACGGGACACAGGCGGCGAUCAAGAGGCUCUCGAGCGACUGUGGGCAGAUGGAGCGGGAGUUCCAGGCGGAGGUGGAGGCCCUCUCGAGGGCCCAGCACAAGAACCUCGUCUCCCUCAAGGGCUACUGCAAGUUUGGGCACGACAGGCUGCUGAUCUACUCCUACAUGGAGAACGGGAGCCUGGACUACUGGCUGCACGAGAGGGUGGACGGCGGCGCCCUCCUCCGGUGGGAUGCCAGGCUAAGGAUUGCUCUGGGGGCGGCGAGAGGCCUGGCCUAUCUCCAUACGAUCUGUGAUCCCAACAUCAUCCACCGAGAUGUGAAGUCGAGCAACAUCCUCCUGGACGAGAGCUUCGAAGCCCACCUGGCAGACUUCGGGCUCUCGCGGCUCAUCUGCCCCUACGACACGCAUGUCACCACCGACUUGGUGGGCACGCUGGGCUACAUCCCGCCGGAGUAUGCCCAGACCCUCACGGCCACGCUCAAGGGGGACGUCUACAGCUUCGGUAUCGUCCUGCUGGAGCUUCUCACUGGGAGGCGGCCUGUCGAUGUGUGCAGAGCCAAGGGCAGCCGAGACCUGGUCUCGUGGGUCCUGCAGAUGAAGUCCGAGGGGAAGGUGGAGCAGGUCUUUGAUCCCCUGAUCUGGAGUAAGUCAUUGGAGAGGCAGCUGCGAGCGGUACUCGUAACGGCCUGCAAAUGCAUCAGUGUUGAUCCUCGGAGCCGUCCCUCCAUCGAAGAGGUUGUCUCAUGGUUGGAUGGUGCAGGAGGGAACAGCUGA